CUGAACCCAAAAACCCAUAACCUUCACGAUCCCUGCCGCUGCGUCCUCACCUCUUUUUCAACUCGGAGCCUACCAGUCACUUCUCAUUGCAUCUCUCCGGGUCUCACCCCAUAGCCUGAGAUCGGAGAAAGAAAGAGACACGCAGCCAAACACACACACACACACACACACACACAGAAUUAGAAUUUCGAUUAUACCGUCCAGCAAAUGUCAUCGUCCAACCUGUCCCUAUCUCCUACCUGUCAGUCUCUAUACUUCAAUCCUCAACUGAGACCACAUACGCACACACACAUGUACACCAUUGUCGUCCACCUUUCCGUUCCUUCUCCCGUUCACCUCAGCUUGACACCCCGGCCCGACCUGGCCUGGACUGUACCUUGCCAGAAGUACCUCCCACACACAGGCGCAUACACCCCACUGACGCCAUACACACAGCUUCUGAGGGGUACAUAUCGGUACCACCAGUCGCCCAUCACUACCACCUCCCGCUUACCUUAUUCACCCACCACUAACUGCACCUAAGGUACUUACUGAAUUUAGGUACCCACGUACCGUACCGGGGCCCUGGCCUGUUUCCUUGCGUUUUCUUCCCUCUUUCCCUCUCCGGUGCUCGGUGCACGUACCCUUAAAUCUUGACCGACCGACCUUAUUUUUUAUUCGUGCUCCUUCGGCCUCGGCCCUCAUCCUCCCACCUUCACACACCUCGAAUCGAGACGGUCCUCCACCGAAAAUCAAACACGUCGUCUUUGUCCUUCUCUUUCAUAUUGUUUCCUCCAUUCCGCGCCGUCUCUGUGGUGUUUCUGCCCAUCUUCCGGGUCUCAAUUGCUGCUCCUUCGCCCUCGGCGCAUUCUGGUUUUGGCUGCUCCCCGCCUCCGAGGACCCAUUUCUUUUACCCCUCACUUUUCUCUGUUCGCUCACUCGCGUCGGUGAAUCUCGGUGGGGCUCUCCUCACACAAUCUGCUCCAACUUCAAAGAAAACGCGCGACAGCCACGCGGAGCAAAAGUAAAGAGAGAAAAAGGGAGAGAGAGGGAAAGAGGCAGAGACAGUCAGACUUAGAGAAAGACAUCGGGGGGUUUUGCUCGCCACAGCUCUUCUUCUUCUUCUUUUUCUAUUCCUUACCUACCCACCACACACACACACACAACGCACACCGAGGAUGGGUCGAGGGUAGUUGCUGCUGUGACAAAGGGAUUCAAACAACACAUUUGCAACCAUGCAUCCGGCUCCGAGCCUGUUGGAGGCGCCUCCGAAAAAUGGCAGCGAGGAAUCUGGCAACAGACCCCAAACUGGCUCACCUUCAUUGUCGCAUCAUGAGCUGCCUCAGUCUCAACAAUCUCCCAUCCAACAACAGGUGCAGCCGUCGCUCCAACAGCAGCCUCAGCAGCAACAACAAGAACAACAACAACAUCAGCAGCAGCAGCAGCAGAUCACACCUCAGCAACGCCAGUCUUCACAGCAACCUCCUCCCAACCCCGGCCAGUCGGCUUCUCCUCCCCUGAGGAAGGACACCAACUCGUCCAUUUCAACCCAGGCUACUGCGGCCUCCGCAGUCACCAAUAUGUCCGCGGACACAAGCAACACAUCGUACAGUGCCGACACCUCUCCUAACUUAACAUCCAUAUUCCAUGUCAAGGAUGGCUCCGACGUCUCUAACCGGGUCCGCGCGAGCAGGAGGCGAACCGGUCCUUUGUCCCAACAGCAGAGAGAGAAAGCCGCCCUCAUAAGAAAGCUCGGCGCUUGCAAUGACUGUCGUCGUAGGAGAGUUGCAUGUCACCCCAGCCAUCACAAUAUGACCUGGGAGGACGCCGUCAGAAAAUAUCAUAGGUCUCAUAGUCCGACGAUCCAGGAUAUCGCCCCCUCCAUGUCUGCCCAGCGCCCACUUAGUCCUGCUCCUGUCAUGAACAACGUAAAGUCAAUGUACGCCCAGGACCCCCAGGAGAUGGACAUAGACUCCCCAACACCUCCAGGACAGCACCGAUUAAGCGAAUCCCGCAUUCGCACGCCGCUCCCGACCGGUCCCAGGCUGGACAAGCCUCCAAUGUUACCCGGCAUCGAGAGUCUCAAGUCGGACCUGCAGACCAACGUUUCGAGGAUACUAUCUACACCCAGCCGCAGCCGCUACUCCAGUGCACAGGUUCUACUGCUGUACUGGCAAGAUGACCCUGAUGUUAGUGUCGGGAAUUCCGUCAAGGAACUUGGGGAAGUCUUUGACCAGUAUUACCGGUAUACGUUUUCCAUCACCACGAUCCCGCCUGCUUCGGAGGCUUGCAAAAGCCCCUGGAGAUGGCUUUCGCGGAAGAUCACCGAUUUUGUCGAGGACCGCGACCAACGGGACGUCUUGAAGAUUGUCUACUACAACGGCCACUCCUAUCUGGACGGGAACCGGGAGAUGGUACUCGCCAGCUCCAAGGACAAGGACAAGGCCGAGACGAUUCGAUGGAGUGGUAUCCAGCAAGUAUUCGAGGAAGCGUGUUCGGACACGCUAAUUAUCAUGGACGCGGCCUUUUUUCCGUCUUCCAAGAUGCACCGUCAACAGGGCGUUUUGGAACUAGUGGCCGCGGCCGUAUCGGAGGAGCACUUCGACGCCUUGGAUCGCUGCACCUUCACCAAGGUUCUCACCGAACACCUUAAGACGCGCGCCUCGCAACGCUUCACAAGCCCCUUCUCGGCUGCGGAGCUUCACUCGAAGCUGCUCUCCAACUACCCGUCUCUCGUGCAGGACAAGAAUCCCGAAAAGGAAACCAUCACGAGCUUUCCCUCGCCGCUGCAUAUGCAGGUAUCCGGAAACGCUCGGCUGCCUUCGAUCCUCCUCGCCCCGCUCAAUAUCGGCCCCUUGAGGACGAGCUUGCCGUUCGGUACAGAGGGCCAGCAGCUCGUGCUGUCUUUCCGCAUAGGCGACGAGCCCAUGGACAUCGACAACUGGACCGAGUGGCUCAGGAUGAUGCCUGAGGGGGUCAAGGAUGUGAGGGUUGACGGCCCUUUCCGGCCGUCCAGGUAGCCUGUCGUCAGCUCUGGGCUCCUUCUGGAAGCUCGAAACCAGCCGUCAAGAAUAGCCCGGCGGCACAUUAGCGCCACUCAUACGUUUUUCAAACUCUCUUGGGCUCUUCAGACGGGAACAUAGUCCGACAAAGAGCACCAUCAGGCAAAGCGAGGAAAUAAAACAAGACGGGUAACGAGAACCCCGCCAUCGAGAUUGUGGACGAUGCUGCAUUGCAUUACAUGUAUGCACUCGCUCACCUCUGGCGCUGUUUAAGUUUUCCCAGUCUCCUCGCCUCCGCUAUCGACCCCAAUCCUCCCACCAGCCCCUUAUCGGACUGGCUUUUAAGUCUUCAUGACUUAUCUUUAUCUUCACGACAUAUUUUGCAUCAUUCAUCCCUCCCUCCAGUCAGAUUCGGGGGAGGGCGAAGGUCGGGGAGUCGGAGAGUCAAUCACCAAUUCAUACGUACACCAACACUCAACAGACAUUUGAACCCAGUGUUGUUUUUGGAAUCGGGUUUGAGACGUCGAGGAAGUCUUAUACCACCACCGAGGAGUGCUUCUGUUUCCGGCGCGGAAAUCAUGGAAAGGGAAGCAGACAACUGAGCCCGGAUGGGAAAGCAUGCAUUGCAGGCGGCAGAUCCAAAGCGCACGUCGUUUGUCCAAUGGCUGAUUUUUUUUAAAGAACUUUGCAUUAGUUGAUAUCCCAAACUCGCCGUUCUGCCGACGAAUUAAGCCUCAGGAACCUGGAAACCUUUGCGUUAUGAUAAUCCGUGGUCCAAAUCCGAAACGGACGUUUCACUCCAGUAUGCUGAUUUGCUACUACUCUCAGGGGAGCGACGAUGUAACGACGCACAAGACUGAAUAUAAAGAAUAAAAGGGGAAGAAGAUGAAGGGAAAGGGUCCUCGGACCAUGCUUGUGGUAUACAGAAACGGCCGUUAAAAACUGCGCACAGUAACAAAAGUCCAAAUCCUACUCGCCAC